AUGAAGAAGGCUCACAAGGGGAUACCACUACUCCAUGGCACCAGCGACUACCGAAGGUGGCACUCGAAAGUGAUCGCACACCUCGAGUCGCUGGGCCUCAAGGACCACGCGACAGGGCUAACCGUCGUGCCCGAGAAGCUACACCAGAGCGAGACGGACCUCUCGCUGGCAAUCCGACGCCUUGAGCACGAGAAGCACAUCCAACAGACGCUCGGCACGAUCAAGAAGCUGGUCGAUGACGACCUCCUUCCGUCGAUCGAGGGUGCCACCACCGCAAAAGCCGCGCUCGACAUCCUCGAAGCGCAGCUUGUAGCAAAGAACACGGCACGGUUCAUCGCCACCAUCUGCAAGCUCUUCUCGCUCAAGAAGAAGCCCGAGCAGAGCGUCGCCGCGUACUUCGCCGAGCUCGACGGGCUCAUCACGCUCACGGUAGCUGACGCCGCCGAGGACAUCAAGCACCGUGUCGCCCUCCCGGAUCCCAACGCGCUCGUGGUCGGACAGCUGUCGCCGUUCACGAUCACGUACUCGAACGACCUCCUCCGUCGCUACAUCACGAAGCACGCCACCGCCGUCGCCCUGGCCGGGCUGCCGGAGGAGUACGAGAUGGCCAGGGCCAUCAUCGGAGACUGGCCAGAGUUCGACGCGAACCGCGCACGCGCCAAGAUCAGCGAGCGUGAAGCGGAAAUCGCCCGCGCUGACAGUCCCAGCAGCCACGGAGGCAGCGACAAGCUGCUCUACGCCAAGGCCCAGGACACUCGCGGCCCUCACCGUGGAACCGCACACCAUGGCCAACGGCAGAACGGCGACACUCACCGGUCUCGUCACCCCGGCGGCCGCCCAGCAUCAGCAACAAGCAGCGAUAGCCGGUCGCCGAAGCCGUCGUUCCAGAAGCGCGAUCGCCCUCUCUGCGACUACUGUCGCAGGCCGGGACACUUGCGCGCAGUCUGCCGUCGCCGACUGGCUGACACCGAGCAAGCCAACGUUGCCCACGAAGUCGAGGCGGUCGAGCCCGCCGAUCUGGCCGACACAGUGGCACUGGUGGUCGCUGAGACUGAGCUCGCGCUCGUCUCCGCUGAUCCGCACGUCACACUGUGGUACCUAGACUCCGGCGCGACAUCGCACAUGGCUGCCAACCGCGACUGGUUCCGCGAUUACGAGCAACUGUCGAGCCACCCCGUCGCGCUUGGUGACGAUCGCACAAUCCACGCCGCUGGACGCGGCAUCAUCGAGGCCAGCGUCGACGUCGCAGGUCGGCGACAGAGGAUCCAGCUCCACGACGUGCUCCACGUGCCUAACCUGGCGCGCAACCUUCUGUCCACGUCCCGAUUCGCCUCCGCCGGGCUCACCAUCAAGAUCUCGGCCCAGGGGUGCAAGGUGUUCUCCAGGCGCGAUCGCCAGACAGUGCUUCGCCCAGUCGACCUGGGGCGCAUGCUGGUGGCCUCCCUGCGCAUCGACAUGGCCCCCGGCGAGCGAGCGCUGACGGUCAAGGCGCCGCCGGUCGACAUGGAGUUGCUCCAUCGUCGGCUAGGGCACAUCAGCGAACGGCGCGUCCGCGCGUCAACUGGCGCGGCCGAGAUCGUCACGCGCGGAGACAGCGUCGAGCAGUGCGAAGUGUGCAUCCGCGCGAAGCAAACACGGGCACCCAUCGGUGCUGGUCCAACUCAGCGCGCCGAAACCGUCAUGGAGCUUAACCUCCGGUUGCUACUCGCCUUCGCGAACGCACGCAACCUCGAGAUCCACCAGGUCGACGUCGACACGGCGUUUCUCCACGCCAAGCUCACCGAGGAGAUUUACAUCUCCCAGCCCGAGGGGUUCGUUAACAAGCAACGACCCCACCACGUCGGACGACUGCUGAAGAGCCUCUACGGGCUUAAGCAGGCGCCGCUCGAGUGGAACCGCGCCAUCGACGCCCAUCUGCGCAAGUCCCACUUCGAACCCACCGACUCGGACCCGUGCAUCUACAUUCGUCAAGGCCACCACUUGGCCAUUGUCGCACUCUACGUCGACGACUGCACCAUCAUUGCUCACAAGUCUGAGCUCAGGGGCGUCAAGCAGAUCAUCGCCGACGGCUUCCUGAUCAAGGACCUUGGAGAAGCAACCUCCAUCCUAGGGAUCGAGAUCCAGCGUGAUCGAUCGCUCGGCAAGCUCUACAUCCGACAGCGCGGCAAGAUCGACAACAUCCUUGCCACCUUCGGACUCACCAACAGCAAGCUGGUCUCCACGCCGAUGCUGCCGAACCUACAGCUGCCAGUCGACACCAAGCAACAUGACACCUUUGAAUACCACAGCGCCAUUGGCAUGCUGUUGUAUCUGGCACACGCCUCACGACCGGACAUUCUCUUCCCCGUCGCGUACCUCAGCCGCUUCGCCAACAACUUCGGCCCCGAACACGUCACCGCCGUCAAGCGCAUCAUGCGCUACCUCGCUGGCACAGCCAACCUGGCGAUCUGCUACUCGUGUGACCUCUACGACGACAGGGACGUCGCAACCCACGUACCUAUUGGGUACUGCGACGCUGACUGGGGCAACAUCGAAGUUGACCGCUGA